AUGGAUUGGACUAAUGUAACAACGGAGGAUCUAAUUGAGGCAUUGCGAGAAGUGGACUGGUCAUCUCCGCCGCGGCCGGUCGCCGAAUUCUUUUCACGAUUUACCAUCCCCCGUUCCUACUCCAAAUGGAACAGCCGCCUCAAGUGUAAUUUCUACUACUAUAGGACCAAUUAUUUCAUAAUGAUUGUGUUUAUUCUUGGGUUGGGAUUUAUCAGGAAGCCACUUUCUAUUGUUGCUGACCUGUUGACAGCUCUAAGCAUAGCUUUUCUGAAUGAUAGUUUUGCAGGUACUUUCAGUGAAAAGGUCACAAGAAUCGUCAGGCAGUUUUCUCCACAUUUUGCUGCCAAAAUGAGGCCUCCCCUUAUGCCUGUUAUUCGAGGGCGCCCAUCUGUCAAAAGAACUGUGCAUAUUUGUGGACGGCCUCGUUGGGUAUUUGUCUUGCUAUCUUCAGCAGUGAGUUUCAUUCUCUGGUUUGUCUCUUGUGGACUUCUCAGUGUCUUAUGGGCAUUUGCUAUUGGCCUCCUUGUCACCCUCAUUCAUGCAAGCUUUAGGACACCUAACUUGAAAGCUCUGGGAUUCAAAACACAUGGGCCACAUCUUUGGGGCUAA